AUGUGGGAUUUCAACAUCAGAAAUGUUCUUUUUCACUGGUUCAAGCCUUGGAAACAGCGUUAUAAAAAUACAAUUUUUGAAGGAUCGUUUACGGCUUGUAUUAUAACUUUAGACAAGAAAAAGAAUACUUUAUAUGCUGCUAAUGGAAAGUGCAAGGAUAAUCCUAGUAUUGCUCAGGAGAUGAAAUUAAUCAUCGACAAAGAUGAUAUUUUGAUUGUUGGGACGGAUGGGAUGCUUGUUAAUAUGAAUGAAAGUGAGAUUGAGAAAAUUGUUCGAAAAGGGAUUGAUAGGAAGUUAAAAGCAGAAGAGUUGGUUGGAAAAAUUGGAAAGGCUGUGUGGUAUAACUCAUUUGAUAGAUUUGCAGAUACACCAUAUGCAAGAACAGCUAAGAGGGAAGGCCUUAGUCAAACACACAAAGGAGGAAACAUUGAUGAUAUUACUGUUAUUAUAGCUUAUAUCAAUUAA